AUGGGCUCCGACCCGACCAUCAUCCGGCGUCACUCGUCAUUUGGCCGCAAGACGCAGUUUGCCGACGACCAGGACGCCGUUGACGACGAGACGACGGGCAUCGUGUCGCGCGGGUCCAACCACAACUACCAGGCCGUGAGCACGCCGGAAGUCGCGCCGCCGGCCAGCGGGACGCGGUCGAUCUACAGCAUACGGUCCAGAACCGCGGCGGCGGUGGCGGCGGCGGCAGUGGCGCAAGGCGACGACGACGACGAUGAGGAGACGAGGGCGGGCGAGGAAGAGGACGGGAAGCCGUGGUGGAGGCGGCAACUGGGCAAAUACCAAUCCAUUGAGCUGGAGAACAAAGGAAGCGUGGCCAGGGACCACCUGGCACUGGAACGAACAUUCCUCGCCUGGCUGCGCACUUCGCUUGCCUUCGCCUCCAUCGGCAUCGCCGUCACCCAGCUCUUCCGACUCAACACGUCGCUCAACGACGGCAAGAACACGCCGGACACGCUGCGGCGCCUGGGCCGGCCGCUCGGCGCGACGUUCCUCGGCAUCAGCAUCCUGAUCCUGCUGCUCGGCUUCAAGCGCUACUUUCACGGCCAGGAGUGGAUUCUCAAGGGCAAGUUCCCCGCUAGUCGCGGGACCAUUGUCCUCGUGUCCCUCGUGGGCCUGGCCAUCAUGGCCGCGUCGCUGGUGGUGGUUGUCGUGAUACAUCCGGCGGAUGACUGA